GAUAGCGAGAAACCGUACUUUUCGGGUCCUUCCAUGAUCUACGUUCGUCCUUGUUCUCGGAGGACCCAGACUCUAUGGUUAAUGAUGAAGAGGGUCUCUAUUCGUUCAGCGCUUGCGCAAUACGAGGAGGUUCCGCAUGCGCAGUCGGGUGACCGAAGCACACGCUGAGGAGGAUCGGCGGCUGGUGAGGGAGAAGCAAGUCUGGUCUCUCUGAUUGAAGAAGGCGGCUCUGGGCUCAACUGCGGGAAUCACACACAUACCUCAGAAUGCCGGGUCUAAGUUGUAGAUUUUAUCAACACAAAUUUCCUGAGGUGGAAGAUGUAGUGAUGGUGAAUGUCAGAUCCAUUGCUGAAAUGGGGGCUUAUGUCAGCUUGCUGGAAUACAACAACAUUGAAGGCAUGAUUCUUCUUAGUGAAUUAUCCAGAAGGCGUAUCCGUUCUAUCAACAAACUCAUCCGAAUUGGCAGGAAUGAGUGUGUGGUUGUCAUUAGGGUGGACAAAGAAAAAGGAUAUAUUGAUUUGUCAAAAAGAAGAGUUUCUCCAGAGGAAGCAAUCAAAUGUGAAGACAAAUUCACAAAAUCGAAAACUGUUUAUAGCAUUCUUCGUCAUGUUGCUGAGGUGUUAGAAUACACCAAGGAUGAGCAGCUGGAAAGCCUAUUCCAGAGGACUGCCUGGGUCUUUGAUGACAAGUACAAGAGACCUGGAUAUGGUGCCUAUGAUGCAUUUAAGCAUGCAGUCUCAGACCCAUCUAUUUUGGAUAGUUUAGAUUUGAAUGAAGAUGAACGGGAAGUACUCAUUAAUAACAUUAAUAGGCGCUUGACCCCACAGGCUGUCAAAAUUCGAGCAGAUAUUGAAGUGGCUUGUUAUGGUUAUGAAGGCAUUGAUGCUGUAAAAGAAGCCCUAAGAGCAGGUUUGAAUUGUUCUACAGAAAACAUGCCCAUUAAGAUUAAUCUAAUAGCUCCUCCUCGGUAUGUAAUGACUACAACAACCCUGGAGAGAACAGAAGGCCUUUCUGUCCUCAGCCAAGCUAUGGCUGUUAUCAAAGAAAAGAUUGAGGAAAAGAGGGGUGUGUUCAAUGUUCAAAUGGAGCCCAAAGUGGUCACAGAUACAGAUGAGACUGAACUUGCGAGGCAGAUGGAGAGGCUUGAAAGAGAAAAUGCCGAAGUGGAUGGAGAUGAUGAUGCAGAAGAAAUGGAAGCCAAAGCUGAAGAUUAACUUUGUGGGAAACAGAGUCCAAUUUAAGGAACACAGAGCAGCCCUUCCUGGCUGUAAAUCCUAGACUUGAAAGUUUUCCAGUAUUGAAAACUUCAAAGCUGAAUAUUUUUUAUUUCUAAGUAUUUAAAUGUUCUAACAGAUUGGAACAUGAAAUGCCCUCCUGAAUGUCAGCUGUUGUCACACAGUAGCUCCAACACUUUGAGCAUUUUUAAGGGAGUGGCCUCAUUUCACUAGAGACAAAUCUUUAAGAAUAGUUCUAAAAUUGGGCUUGUGAUUUCCAUUUCUGAUGUCUCCAGAUUGGCACCCCUUUCUAGUUCAAUGCCUCACGAGAUUUACCAGGGGCAUCCAAAGCAAACAAUCCCAAUCUUUCUAUAUAAAAUGUAUUCAAACAAACAUCAAAUAAAUUUCUGGGAUAUUUAACUA